CGGGCUCAGACCCCCGGGUGUCCAAAAAGGACGCGCUUGAGGGAGAAAGCAGCCCGACCGAUUCUUUGCUUCAGCCAAUUUCAGGAAGUGCCUUCAUAAAAGACUCAAUCAUUAUGGCCGUGUCACCGUGUUUGGACCAACGACACGGGGCUCAAGUUGGCAUUUGGUCAACUGGUCAACUUGGAGGUUCUGAGACGGGGUUCCGUGCGGCCACGUCUUGAGAGUCGUGAUGACGGAUCUUCUUGGGCCACUCAAGAACAUCCGUGCAGUUCAACCUGAAGUCGAUGUGCCCUCUGAGGACCCACCCUGUCCGCCAGCCCUUGGUGGCCUGACACUCCAAGAGAAGGAUAGCCUUGAUGACAGUGACCCCAUCAUCACGCCGGGGGCCUUCAAGAGGCUCCAAGCGAAGCAAGCAGACCAAGCUGAGCUUCAAAGGUUCUUGUCCAAGCACCGAUUUCAGGAUGUGAACUCGCCAAAAACGUUCCAUUGCUUCCAGCGCGGCUUUGCCCUUUGCGGUGGCACGGAAGAGCUCUACCCGAUCCAUUUGGCAGCGAAGUUGGGAAAGCCCCAGCUGGUGAAGUUGCUGCUGCGGGAGGGUGUAGACAGAACGAAAGAAACCUCCAAAGGUCGAAGCCCUUUGGAGGUAGCUCAGCGGGUCAAAGAGCCUCGAAGCCGCAUCCAGGUGAUCCACGUUUUACAGGGCACCGAGAUGUUCAUCAAGCAGAAGUGGUCUUGCAAGGACUUGCUCUUGAUGGAGCUGAACUCCACCAGCUCGUCAUCCCAAGUCCAUCGUUGUUAGUGAGACCAGGCUCAUUGUUCUCGUGAAGUCUUAACGUUCCAACAAAUUCCAAUUGUGGCACUGCCCUUUUUGGGGGUUGGUGAGAGACGAACAGUCUCCCCAGCUCCAUUCUUCACCCUUUGCGUCACCUGUCCAUGUGCAUAACGCAUGUCAUGUGACAUCAUGUGACCAUUUGACAGAUCGCGGAUUCCGACGCAAGCGGCUUGCGCAGCAAUGCUGUGUCCCGACUUGCCAAGUCCGGAGCAUUCACAUCGC